GACAAAUUGACAAAAAAAAAAAUAAAGCGAGACGACGCGAAUAAAUUUUUUAAUAUUAUUUAAAAAAAAAGCCAAGACAAAUAAAAAAGAAUGAGUUUUUGUCAGAAGUGUAAAUUAGUUCCAGGAACAAUACUUUUAAGAUUAAGAGACCUUUACUGCAACGACUGCUUUUUAACCAAUGUUAGUCAUAAGUUUCGUGCUUGUAUUGGAAAAAAUAGAAUUUUAACUCAAAACGAAAACGUAUUAAUUUGCCUAAAUGGAGGCCUAGGUUCUACAAUUCUAUUAAAUUUAGUUCUUAACGGACUGGCUUUAAAUAAUCAUAAAAAAUUGUUGAUCACACCUGUAUUUUUUCAUUUGAUUGGCACUGAAGAGAAUAAGUCAUUUACAAAAUUGUUAAUUGAACAAUGUAUGAAUCAAAAUUAUGACAUUAAUCUUUGUCAUAUUUCAGAAUAUAUGAUAAAAAUAAAAAGUAAACCUAAAUUAAAUCAUAUACCGGAGAGAAAUGAAGAAGCACAUGUAGAAAUGAAAAAAAAAUUAAGUGAUAUGUCAAGUUCAACCCGUAAUGACUAUUUAGCUAAAAUUAAGAGAGAACUAUUUAUCUGCUAUGCAAAGGAGUUACAGUGUAAUAGUAUUUUCACUGCAGAAACUUCAACUACACUUGCUAUUAAGUUAAUUUCCAACUUAAGCUUAGGACGUGGUUCUCAAGUGCAACAUGAUAUUGGAUUUUGUGACAAUAGAAAUGAAGUGAAGAUAUUGAGACCAAUAAAAGACAUUACUCUUGAAGAGAUUCAGCAUUACAUAACUAUCAGUCAGUUAACACCACUAAAUGUACGACAUGCUCAAGAAUACAGCUUACAGUCAGUUGCAAAAUUAUUCGUAAAUGAUUUGCAACAAAAUUUCCAAUCAACCAUUUCAACUAUAUGUAAAACUGCUGAGAAAAUUGGUAUCCAAAAUGAAAAUAAACAUAAAAUAAAGUGUUUGAUAUGUGAGAGUGGAAUUAAUAAGAAUCAAUGUAAACUUACCGCAUUAGAAGCAACAAAUUAUUCAAAGAUAGUAUCCAUGGCUCAACAAGAAAGCACUUCUGGGAUAGGGAGCCCUAUAGAACAACAAUUUUCCAUGUUUCCUCAUGUUAACAAAUACCUCUGUUAUGCUUGUAGUAAAAAUUAUUCAGAAAUGAAAUCUACAGUACCUUUAAACAUUUGACAUGAUUUUAGAAAAUACAUACCUUAAACUAUAUUCAAGCUAUAUUCAUUCCAUAUAGUCGUAGCAGGGGAAGCUGAGAUUUGGGAUUAAGUUAAGUGCAGCAGAAUAACAAAGGGAGAGGGGGUGGGCAACUUUACAAAAAAAAAAUAACAAUCGGUCAGCAUUGACUUUUGGUUGCGUCCAAAUCAGCAGUCUUUUGAAUAAAAUGUAAUUUCAUUAGUUUAAAUUCCUUUCAAAUCUAAAAAUCCACAGUAUUUUGUUACAAAACUUAGGGUCGUCUUCUUUCGUUCGUCGUUCUUCAGAUCGUUGCAACAUUGUUUGACAAAAAGCCACUCUUUUUGGGUAAUCAGAUUCUUGGACCUGAAUGUGGUACGCAUGGUCCCCUUCUGCAAACAAAAAUCAUUGUUAAGUACCCAACACAGGUUAAUUGGUUAUAGCGCGGUCUGUACAAAAUGGGUUUGAGAGAAAGAGAAUCAUCUAGAUCACAGAAAGGCUUACUACUAUCUAGACGAUGCUUACAUAAAAACUAAAUCAAACCUUCCAUUUUUACAACACAAUUAAAAGCUUAUGUAAGUACCAACUUUUUAUGGCUUACCACUCACCUUCCUUAAGAAUUCUUAAAACCAUAGUCCGUGGAAUCCCGGUUCGCCUAGUUAUUUUCAAUACACGUGACCUAAUCGAAAAUUCGUAAGACGAAAACAAUAAAAUUGGAAAGGUUGUUGACUUGCAUAUAUUGGACGAAACAUAGUAAUAUUUUAUUUUAUCGUAUUAUUAUCAUAAGUUUCUAUCUAGGACGUCCAGGUGGUAGCUUUAUUGUGAAAAAAAAUGCAUUUUUUUACAAUAGAUGUCGCUAGGUGCGCUUAAAUAUGAUUCAUGUAAGUUGAUUUUUCUGAGAGAUAAACUUAAACUAAACUAAAAGAUAAACGAAAAUAAUAUAUUUCAUUACUAGUACGGAAUGGUUGUCAUUGUAAAGAGUUCCGACAAAUGUCCGAAAAAUGACAGUCGGGACGAGUUGCAAUGACGGUUCCGUACGUGUACUGAACGACUAUUUUUAAUACAGUUGCGAAAAAAUGAAGCAAUUUAAUCAAAUUAUAAAAACACAAUAAACUCAAUUAACUAAUCAUUUAUUUCUUAUAAAAGUUAUAAUUCACAUAUAUUUUGAAAUUGGUACAGUUUUUUAUACUAACUGGGGAAGUUUUACGUUGCAUAUUUACUGUUUGAGACAAACUAUUAUUAAUUUCGUAUGAUUGUUCAUGUAUAUUUGUCAUACAAUGGCGUUUGCUAGUUGAUGGAAUUGGAUCUGAUGAAUUAUCAUUAUCAACGAAGGUACUCGUAGAUGGACGAACGUUCUCUUCAGCAUGUGAAGGAGACGGACUGGACCUUAUAUUAAUGGAUUGUGUGAUCUUUUUCCCAGUUUCUAGUUUGUUGUUUAAUGAAUCACCAAUAUAGCUUUCUGCAACUUUGUCCGAUUUCCAACCACCUAGUCGCUUUAAGGACGUCAAAUUGGCUCCUGAAUCUGCCAAUAAUGUAGCAGAGGUCCUUCUGAAGCUGUGCCCAGUAUAACACUCAGCAUCCGGCAGACCAAGAAACGUAGCUAUUUCUUUUGGCAUAUUACCAAAUUUGUUUAUGCCGAUUACUUGAGCUGUACACUUCCCUUUUUGGAAAUUUUGAAAAAAACGGUCGGAUUUUCCUUUUUGGGACCGCUGGUUCAUAUAUUUUUUCACUAUUGUGAGAAAAUUUCCUUCAACAACAAAGCUUCGCGGUAUCUUAUUUUUUGUGUUUGGAAUCUUGAUAAGUAGCAUUUCUCCAUGGGCUUCAAUAUCUUUUAAAGUAAUAUUGGCUAACUCCUCUCUGCGGCAAGCUCCAACAACGCCAAAAAUCAGAGCAACCUAAAAAAAACGAUUUGAUUCAUAUAAAUAAUGUAUUGACUGUAUUUUGCGAUUUUGUAAACUGAACAAUAACAAUCAUCGGUAGCUUCUUUCAAAAACCUUUCCACGUCAUUCGAUGUUAAUAUUUUCUACUUUUUACUGGUAAACCCGUCUGAUUGUCGUUUUAAGAAAGAAUUUAAUUUUGGAUAUUGACUUAUAUCCACGUUGUUCCUUAUUUUCAGCAUACUUUUUAUCAUCGAAAACCUUGACCAUAACGUAGAAGGUUUUAAUUUUGCUGAGAGUUCGGAAAAGUAUGCCAACAUAACAUUUUCUGAAAAAAUAUUUGCUUUUUUCUCUUCUUUCCACGCAAUAAAUUCAUCGUAUGUAGAUAUGUAGCGAAUUUUUGACUUUUCCGGUAAAAUGUUCCCCGAAGCGUUUUGUGCAAUUAUACUGAGUUCAGGUGGAGUUAAUUCAAAAAAAUUUAGGUCGAAAUUACUCAUUUUGUGUAAAAAACAACUAAACUCGCAAAGAAUAUUUCGGAAAAUGGCGCCAACCGUAGAAUGUAAGCAGUAUUUUUUCACCCAUUCUGGUAGGCAAAGGGAACUGCCCAUACAGCCAAGUCUUUAGUACUUAGUAUUUUUUAUUAUAAGAAAUGAAAUUGAAAUUUAAUGAUAUGAAAUGAACUGAAACCUUACCUAACUCAUUCAAUCAAUUAAUUAAUUCUGAUAUUCGACAAAUUAGUAUAGGUAGCUUCUUUUUAAAAACAAAUAAACCUAUUUGCAUGAAUCGCAAAAACUUCUAUGAUUUUUUUUAGUUAAAACUUCAUGGUUGUUUUUUUUAAUAGAAAUAAUUUUGACAGUUGGGAAAGAAAACGCACGAGUUCGGGAAAGGCAAAAAAAAAGCACGAGUGUGAAAUAGCCCAGAUCCCGAACGCUACACGUCCCUACAAUACGCCACUUUUUGAGCAACUGUAUUAAAAAUAAUAAUAUAUAAUUGAGAUAAACUUUUUAAUGUAAUACAAAUUGUCAUGUUUGUGUACGAUAGCGCAAUAAAUAAUUAUUGUAUUCUACCACAUAAAUGAUCGUACUUUUAUACUGAUAAUUAAAGCAGAAUUGCUACGAAUGUUCAAAAUUAUUCCCUAAUCAUUCCAAAAUAUCAAAAAUGCACAACGUUAAUAUUCAUGUUUUCACUUUUGCCGGCACUCCCGGAGCGCAACCCGUCGUUUUCUUACUAUGUCCCGCUUUCGACGGAAGAAUCCCGCUUUUUUCACACAAAAAGUUCCUAAAUCCCGACCCAAAAAAAACUGGCAAUGCUGGCUUCAGCAAGUGGCGUCUGCGCUCGGCGCCCCCUAGAACCGUGCGCCCGUGUGCAAGGCACACCCUGCACCUUAGGUAAAGACGCCUCUGCAUCUGUUUCAAUUAAAUAAUAUCUGAUUUUAAAGAUACCUUAAAUAUAUUUACACUUGCAGUAGUAAGUAAUAAUAAAGAAGUUUUUACAAUCAACUGACUGGCUGGCUUCGAAUAGGACUGUGUCAACCAUUAGUCACAAUCACAAUCUCUCCAACUGAUUUUAUUCUUUGUUUUGUUUGUAUUAAGAAGGACAAUCGUUAUUAACUUAAUUUUACUCAACUGACAUUAAAGCAUACUUUAAAAGUAUUUUUUUGCAAAUGCUAGAUUCAGACAUAUUCAGACAUCAGACAACGAAAGUUUCAUUCAUCAUCAUCAUCAGCCUAUUAAUGUCCCCACUGCUGGGGCACAGGCCUUCCCUAUGGAUGGAAUAGGGAGAUUGGGCCAUGACCCACCACGCGGGCCCAGUGCGGAUUGGUGGGUGCUAACGACUGCAGAUGCAGCCGGGACCAACGGCUUAACGUGCCUUCCGAAGCACGGAGGAACUCGAGAUAGUAAAUUUUUGGUCACCCAUCCAAUGAUCGACCACUGCGAAAGUUGCUUAACUUCAACGAUCGCAGCGGAAAGCGCUAUCCACCUGCGCCAUCUAGCUCUUCAUUGCAAUAUGGCAAAUGAGGGUUAGGCGAAAAUUUACUAUCACAACCUAGCUAGGCAGCGGGUGCUGUGCGGGUAGCUAUAUGUGCAGUGAGGUGAAAGACCACUGACGGCGCGGCGGUAGUUGUGGACCUGGUUCAAAAUUUUGUUUGGUGAGUGAUGGACCAGUAGCGAUAGCGAUGGACCGGAUGCGCCCGCACUUGGCCUAUUCUGCCGUCCUUAAACUAAAGUACGGCUAAGUGACAUGUGGUCGAUUUUUCAGCCCUAAAUUGUAUCUUAUAUAGUUUUUAUAACUCUAUCGAUCUGUCUUUAACAAGUAUUCGUAUCUUUUAUAGUUUGUCUUAAAAUCUGUCAUGUGCUGAAUGGUUACAAAAUAGCAAUAAUUUUAAGUUUACGAGCCGUUAUUUGGCCAUAUCUCAAAAGUUGGUUGUGUCAUUUAGCCGCGUUUUAGCUUGAGGACGGCAGUAUUGCGCUCUGGGACACUUCCACACUGGGUCCACUUGGCACUGAACCCAUAUUCAGCAUUGCGCCCAUUCUGCAUUGGUCCCAAUUAGUGGGUGGUAUGUAAAUAUUUUUUCACAUCUAUUUUCUGUUUACAGUUUCUGUAAACAGAAACCAAAUAGAUAGGACAGGGGAUAGAUAGAUAGGGGACCAAAAUAGCGUUUUAAUCCCCAGAGACCAAUAUAACUUUCUAAACCCUAGAGACUAAAACAGCGUUUAAAUCCCUAGGGACUAAUUGUGAUUUGAAUUUAAAUCUGGAUAUUUUUGUAAAAGUUCAAAUUACCAAAGCGAUCAGUUACAAACAUUUUAUGAACAAGUCACAGCGUAAAUAGAAUUUUAAUAAAAUAAGUUCAUAUAAUUUCCAAACAAGAUAUGUAAUUCUCUUAAAAGCCUGUGCAGACGAGGGACUUUUGUCCGCUGACUUUUUUGUCCGUCGAAAUAGAUCGCUUACAACUUCAUCGAGUAACGCACACGAAUUAAAAGUACAGCAUGAUAAAUUCCCCCGAACAACCGAGAACACCCAGAGACCGGAGAGAAUAGUAAGUGGGAGACCUCGAAAACAAAAUUAAAACUCAUGUGUCUAGGCGCAGCAACACACACCACUGGUCUCGAUCGUCAUUGUGAGAAAUGCCACUGCCAACAAAAAUCGGUAUAUUUAUACCCAAAUGCGGUUUAUGUAAAAAAUUCAAAUAAAUUCGUUUAUUUAUCAAAAAUAAAUUAACAUAGGUACUAAUUUAACGUUACUUUUUAACCGAUUGCAAAAGAACCCCGCUUCAUCAUAUUAUAUUUUUUAAAUUUGAUGAUUCUUUUUAUGUAUGUAUCAUUUUUUUGGCGAGAUGGAUUAAUUUGGUCAAGAUCCGAUCAGUGCAUCGGAGAAAAAAUGGAAGUCUCCAGUUACAAACAGUAUUCAAUUCGUGUUUGGAUAUUUUAUGAGAUAUUAAAAAGAUAAAGCAGACCAGCUUACUAACCUAUACUUAGCUAGCUGAUGUUACCCGCCCCCCUAGCAUGAGCACCACAAUUUGCAAUAUAUAAUGUUUUUUAGCGCGUGUUACAGUUUGUCUAUAAAGUCGUGACAUGAAUGUUUGAGGAACUAACAUUAUUAUGUGUCUGGCAACACCAAACUUAUGUACAUCAGCUGUCAUCGAGUUUCAGUUGUGGAACAGUUUUCCUUUUGUAUUUUUUAUUGUUUGGAUUAAACUGUAAUAAAUUAAGACGAAACUACGCAGAAAGGUAUAAAAAUGAGUAAAGUAAAUCGGAGUGGCACGUGGUAAUUGAUUUUUAAAGUUUUCCAGCGAUGUUUCGAAGACUACCAAGCUGGACGAAUUUUAUGAGAUUUGGAUGAUGUUUAUGGGCGAACAGCAUCUAUGACGGGAAAAUCAGAGAGUCGGAUAGUCAACGAAGGUUUUAAGAAUGAUGGAAAGUUUGAAACUCCUGGGAAAACAGGCAAGGCCGACCAAAGAAAGAAAUGGUCACAUAAAGAACCAUGGCCAGAUGCUUUUAGUGAAGAUACCUAUCACUAAUUUUACUAACUGCACAUUUACAAAUUGUUUCUCUAAAUAAACUUUUUAUAUACAAUAAAAU